AUGUUUAAAUGGCGCCGCCGGCAGAAAUACCAGGAGGAUCAGCUGGAGCAGCAGCAUCAGCAGUUCGCGGUUACGCGCCCCCAUCACCCAGUCGGAGUUCCCAGAAAGUUUGACCCCGACGGCAACGUCCAACGGUUCCCCGGCAACACCAUCUUGUGCCACCUUUCUCCUUCGAGCGAGCUGUACGGCUCGAUGCAGCAGCUCUACGACAAGCUAGCCGCGAGCCCUCUGGCACACCUGUAUGCGCUGCUGCCGCCUCCGAGCUGGCACAUGACCGUGUUCGACGGCGUCUGCGACCAGGUGCGUGCGCCGGGCUCGUGGCCGCGCGACCUCGCCGCAGACGCGCCGCUGGAAGCCUGCACGGCGCGCUUUGCCGAGAAGCUCGCGGCGUUCGACCUGCAGUGCGGCCCGCCGCUCCGGCUGACAGCGACGGCCGUCACGUCGCAGCUAUUCGGCAUCUGCGUGAACCUCCGGCUACAGACGGCCGACGAGGAGUCCCGCUUCCGUACACUACGCGACCUCCUCGCCGACGCGCUGCAGAUCCGGCACCCGCACCACGCCAACUACGGCCUGCACCUGAGCAUGGCGUACUACCUGAGCUACCUCGACCAAGCGCAGGCAGACGAGAUCGCUACUCUGCUCGCAGACCACUUUCGCGACAUGCCCAAAGAGUUUGAGCUCGGCGCGCCAGAGUUCUGCACGUUCGAGAACAUGUCCCAGUUUGACCGGCUGUUCUACCUGAAGAACCAGGGUUGA